UCUUAUGGGUCUAAUUUAAGCAGUCACGGCCCAACCUUUAGCAUGGACUUAUCUGAUUUCCACGAAGAUGGGCAGCCAGUGAUUCUUGAGAAGGCAAAAAAAUACUUGUUCAAGAUCCCUCACAAAAGUGGGCAGCAUAUGUUGCUGGGACCAUUUUGGUUUUGAUGGAAGAAUUAGCUGUGCGAUUUGAAGAUAGCAUCAGCAUGCUGGCUCACCAACUAUUUAUGGCUUUCUGUGCUGAAUCAUGAAAGAGUUUUUUACGUAUCCACCUUCUCCUGUUUUGACAGCAA